AUGCUUGCUGCCAGGAGGCUGCAAAAUGCAUGCCCAUCAUGUACAGCUCAGAUCCUGAAGCUUUAUGUGCACUCCAUUGCGGAGAUUAGUCCCGCCAUAGCUCCAAAUUCACAGCACGUCGUCUCGAGAAGCAGGCUCCGCAGCCGCAGACAAAGUGCACGACUCUUGUCGACCACAUCAAGGAAGUUCCAGAAUGGACCCACUGAAGACGCAGCCGAGAGUCAAACGCCACGCCAUGUCCCAGAAGAAAUCGCAGCACAGCCUGAUGAGCCACGCCUACCAUCAGACCAGGAUCCCGAAACGGUAGUCCGACAGGCGAAGCGCAUGUUUGGCGACACCCUUCCCAAGGGCUACUUGUCCGAGGAAGAAUAUGCAGUUUACGAGAGGCUUUAUGGGGCGCCACUGCGCCGCACGAGACCAGAAGAUGUCGGGUUUGGGUCCUUGGGCGAGUUCGAGCAGAGAGACGCAAUUGGCGUGGCUAAAAACACACUACUUCGGGAGACUCGACACGGCGGGCUGGAAGAGGUGGAAUAUACAUCCCAGUCCACUCCCAGACUUGACGCUGGCGAAGAAGAAGCAGCCAUCGCCGAGGAGCUGCUGACGGCACAGCCACCGACUGAUGCGCAACUUGAAUAUAUCGAGGUCAAUGCGAGCAACCAACGCGAGUACGAUGCCCUCUUACAACUGCAAAAGGAUUUUGAAGCAGCGAGAGUCGCUGCCGUGCAAGACGCAGUCGCUGCGGCAAAGGAGGCACAGGCGAGGGAAGAGGACAUCGAAGAGGAAUAUGAGGACGAGGGGGAGGGCGAGGAAGAGGAAGAGGACGUCGAUGACACAGAACCCGAUGCUCAGCUUCUAGAUUGGUAUCCAGGCCAGGAGGGCCCGCGCCAACAUCGGUACACUACGGAGGGCCUGUUCAGAACAUCACCAAGCACGCUACAGCUGCCAAGUGUGGAUUUUGUCGAACCGAUUACGGAACUGCUAAGACGGACUGACACAAAGCACAUCAGAGCGACGGCCGAGAAGCGUUUCGGCGGCCCGGGCCUCCCACAUUCGCCAGCCACUCCUCGCACUGGCAAGAACUUGCCGCAGAAGGGCCUGGGCCUAGAGGCAGGGCACCACAAGAUGUCAGAGAUCGAUGCAGACGCUUUUAUCGCCACAGCACUGCCUGGGAUCUACGCAUCUGUCACCAGCACUCUGGUCGAGGUGCGCAAGAGACUGGGCCCCGAAUGGCUGCGCGGCCUUCUGAACCGAAAAGAUGCAGACGGCGAAGGGCCCCGCGUGCUUGACGCUGGCGCUGGCGGUGCUGGACUGGCAGCCUGGCAAAACGUGCUCCAGGCAGAAUGGGAUACCUUGCGCGACAACGAAGCGGAGACUACAGAUGCAGACCCGGCACCGUCAGGGAAGAGGACAGUCAUUGUUGGGUCGAAUCAGCUGCGACACCGCAUAUCACGUUUUCUCGAAAACACCCAGUUUUUGCCUCGACUGCCAAACUAUACGCACUCGGUAGAGAACAUGGACAAACAACUUGAUGCCCCCGAGGUCCCACAAAAACGGAAAGUGUACGAUGUGAUCAUCGCCACGCACCUCCUCAUGCCACUUGAGAAGGAAUACAGGCGGAAGGACAUCCUUGACCAGCUGUGGUCGCUGUUGUCACCUGAGGGAGGCGUCCUCAUCAUGCUUGAGAAGGGGCAUCCGAGAGGCUUUGAGGCUAUUGCUGAUGUACGCGAUAGGCUUCUAGGGGAGUUCAUCGUCCCACCAACAGACGGAGUUGUGCCGGAAGCGAUCGAGCAGGAUGUGGAGCGAAUUCGUGAGCCCGGAAUGAUCGUCGCGCCGUGCACGAACCACUCAAAAUGUCCUAUGUACUUGAGUCCAGGUCUUAGUCCCGGGCGCAAGGAUUUCUGUCACUUCAGUCAGCGGUUCACCCGUCCUCCUUUUCUACAAAGGAUCCUCCAGGCAACGCAUCGCAACCAUGAGGACAUCGACUUCAGCUACAUUGCAGUCCGCCGUGGUAUGCCGGUGUCAACCCCCGCACCGGCAGAGGCGCCCUCAUCCGCUCUUGAGAGCAAUUCUAGGCCGGUCGCUGUGAAGCCGAUACGUCAGGGCGUGGAGGCCACAACGCAGGCGUUUGCUGGCUAUGAGGGUGUGGCACCAGACAGUCCAGACCGCCCUCAUCCUCUCUCUCUUCCACGCAAUAUCCUCCCACCCCUCAAGCGCAAGGGCCAUGUCACCCUCGACCUUUGCACACCAGCGGGUACUAUCGAGCGGUGGACCGUGCCACGGAGUUUCAGCAAACAGGCAUACCACGACGCGCGCAAGGCAAGAUGGGGCGACCUAUGGGCCCUGGGCGCCAAGACCCGCGUGCGACGUAACGUGCGACUCGGCCGAGGCAUCGCCGAAGACGAAGUCAUACCCCAGGAUGGCGGUGUCAGGGCUACCAGAGCUAUUGCGAGCGGCAAGAAGGGGCGUCCCAAGGUCGUGGAUCUGGAAUAUGACGGCAAGGGCGUCCUGUCAGGUCGUCCUAGGGGCCUUGUUGGACAGAGACCCGAGAGGAGGACGAAGAGGGGGAGGAAACCCCCAAGGCUGAGGAACCUCCUGAAAGACCUGGAAGAGGAAGAAGGUUGA